CCGUUUACAUCUUCAUCAUUCCAAUCCAUUUUAUUCCCUUUUGUUUUCUAUAUUCAAAUCAAGUGUUAUUCCAUGGCUCCCAAGGCAGAGAAGAAGCCCGCCGAGAAGAAACCAGCGGAGGAGAAGAAGACUACCGUCUCUGAAAAGGCUCCGGCAGAGAAGAAACCAAAGGCCGGAAAGAAGCUACCGGCAAAGGAUGGGGUAGAUAAGAAGAAAAAGAAGGCAAAGAAGAGCAUUGAAACCUACAAGAUCUAUAUCUUUAAGGUGUUGAAGCAGGUGCAUCCAGAUAUUGGUAUUUCAAGCAAGUCUAUGGGUAUAAUGAACAGUUUCAUUAAUGACAUAUUUGAGAAGCUUGCUCAGGAAUCUUCUAGAUUGGCUAGGAUCAACAAGAAACCUACUAUUACUUCUAGGGAAAUUCAGACCGCGGUUAGAUUGGUGCUUCCUGGUGAAUUGGCUAAGCAUGCUGUAUCAGAAGGGACCAAGGCAGUGACUAAGUUUACCAGUUCAUGAUUUUUUAGGUUUGUUUUGAAUUUUUUUUUGGAAAAUUAGGGUUAGGUUUUGUCCAAUGCUUACAAUCGUUGAUGUUUUUACCCCUUGUUGAUUUCUGGUUUUCUAUAUUGUAACUAAAUUGUUGUUGCUAUGUCUAUGAACAAAUCUACUUUUCGUCUA